AUGCAACUAAUCUCUGGGCCUUCGGCAACCAAUGACCAACUUGGAUGGAUUUUCUACAUUAGUCCUGGAUGGGGCGUCUCAGCGAGGAAGAAGAACAUCGACAGUCCGAGUUUCCGCGAAACCACUAAACCGUUUUGGGAUAAAAAGUGCGAGGUCAAACAACUCGACUGCGCAAAUACAAGAUGUCAAGAAACUGCAAUCAGUCUUAGAACCUGA